AUGUGUGGGUUCCAGAGAAGAGGGGUAUUUGACAUUCUAUCUGUGCCGCUCAUAGUGGCGUUGAUGAGCUGUGCGCAGAGCGCCAACGAACCCGGUAAUAUGUCUUUCGUAAAGGAGACGGUGGACAGACUGUUAAAGGGCUAUGAUAUCCGCCUUCGACCAAACUUUGGAGGCGCACCGGUUUCUGUUGGCAUGAGUUUAGAUGUGGCAAACAUCGACAUGGUGUCAGAGGUCAACAUGGACUACACGCUGACCAUGUACUUCCAGCAGUACUGGAGGGACAAGAGGCUGGCAUACGCUGGGAUCCCCCUGAACCUGACGCUGGAUAACCGGGUCGCCGACCAGCUCUGGGUCCCCGACACCUACUUCCUCAACGAUAAGAAGUCCUUUGUGCAUGGGGUCACCGUGAAGAACCGUAUGAUCCGGCUGCAUCCGGACGGCACCGUGCUCUACGGACUGAGGAUCACAACGACGGCUGCCUGUAUGAUGGACCUGAGGAGAUACCCACUGGACGAACAGAACUGCACCCUGGAGAUAGAGAGCUAUGGCUACACCACAGAUGACAUCGAGUUCUACUGGAAAGGGGGGGAGAAUGCUGUGACAGGAGUGACCCGUAUCCAGCUGCCUCAGUUCUCCAUCGUGGACUACAAACUGGUUUCCAGAAAUGUGGUCUUUUCCACAGGUGCCUACCCACGUCUGUCUCUGAGCUUCAAGCUAAAGAGGAACAUCGGCUACUUCAUCCUGCAGACGUACAUGCCCUCCAUCCUGAUCACCAUCCUGUCCUGGGUCUCCUUCUGGAUCAACUACGAUGCCUCUGCUGCCAGAGUGGCUUUGGGUAUCACCACGGUGCUGACCAUGACCACCAUCAACACCCAUCUGAGAGAGACGCUCCCUAAGAUCCCCUACGUCAAGGCCAUAGACAUGUACCUGAUGACCUGCUUUGUGUUCGUCUUCCUGGCCCUGCUGGAGUACGCCUUCGUCAACUAUAUCUUCUUCGGACGGGGCUAUCAGAUGCAGAAGAAGUUGGCAGAGAAAGCAGAGAAGGUCAACAAUGACAGGGCGGCCAAGUUCGACGGCAACAGGGUUGACUCUCAGGGCAACAUCCUCCUGACAACCCUGGAGAUCCACAACGAAGUUGGCGCCGGCAACGAGAUCACAACCAGCAUCACCGAGACAACCACACGGAACUCCUCCUCCAUGAUAUUCAACCAACCAGGCCUCCAGUACCGAAAACCGAGCGCUCUGAAUGGCCGGGAGAGAAACGCCCACGUGAAGAAGACACGGCUACGCAGGCGGUCCUCUCAACUCAGAAUCAAAAUCCCCAACCUGACGGACGUGAACUCCAUCGACAGAUGGUCACGGGUUGUCUUCCCCUUCACCUUUACCCUCUUCAACUUCAUCUACUGGCUUUACUACGUGAACUAG